CGGGACGUAAGCGUUUCGCGUCGUAUCGAGCGCGGAUACCGGCGCGCUUAGAGGUGUUGUCGCACCGCAGGUCGGCGUGUCCUGGGUACACAAACCGACACAAACCUCCCACCGGUGGUUACAACAACAACAAACAACAGCAACUUGCAAGUUUAGCUAACGGUUUGUGUUGACCGGCUCGGGGAGGUGGUUCUGGUGGACUCAACAUGGAGGUGGAGUGCGUCGAAGCGGAGGACGGGAGGCGCUUGACCCUGCUGAGGUUCGAGGCCGCCGUCAAAGUGAUCAAGAGUCUGGCCCCGGAUGGUCCCUUUCAGCCCUCCAAUGACAUGAUGCUCAAGUUCUACAGUUACUACAAACAGGCCACUGUGGGCAAGUGCAAUAUACCCCGACCGGGCUUCUGGGACGCGGUUGGCAAAGCCAAAUGGGAUGCAUGGAGUUCUCUUGGAGACAUGCCGAAAGAAGAUGCGAUGGCAGCCUAUGUAGACGAAAUGAAGCUGAUCCUGGAAGGAAUGCCCAUGACGGACGAGGUGGAGGAGCUCCUGCGUGUGCUCGGCCCGUUCUACGAGCUGAUCGACGAGAAGAAGAAGAUCACGCAGAUAUCCGACCUGAGCACAGGCCUCGGCACAAUGUUGAAUUCAGGGCCAUCGAAGAGCGUCGCAAAGAGCAUCGUCAGAACGAUGAAAAUGAACGGCACCCUGGAGACUCUUCCUGCCAGGCUGCAAUCAGAGGAAGUGAAGGAAAAGUCAGAGGAGGAGGAGGAGGAGGCAGAGGAAGAAGAAGAAGAAGAAGAAGAAGAGGAGGAGGCAGAGGAAGGGGAGGAGAGGGAGGAGGAGGAAGGCAAAGUAUUGAUACGGGAGGUCCGCAAAGACAAGAAAUCCGCAGCCUCUCCGCCUAAGAAGAAGAGUUCAGCCAGGAGACCCAAAGCGCCGUCGAACGGUAAACUGGUCAACGGCGUCGCUCAUCUGACCAACGGGAAUCCCCCCAGGGCCGCCCUGAACAACGGGAGCCCCCGGGGGGGUUCCUUCGGAGAGACUCUGCUCAACGGUCACCACUCGGAUGCCGGCGUGGAGGUGUCCGGUCCGAGCCACCUGGCCAGCGACUCCGACAGCGAAGUCUACUGUGACUCUGUGGACCAGUUUGGCCAGGAAGAGAGCUCAGAGCACAACCGCUCUUUCGACGACCUGGAUGAAGAGGAGAGUCACGUCGCGGCGGGUCUGGAGGAGCCACAGACUGAUGUUCACGGUGCACCGCGGGGCAUCAGGUGUGGAGGAGAAGAUGGAGAGAGCGGCGGAGCGAUGUCACAGCGGCCGAGUGAAGACAGGCCGGACGGCUCUUUGGUCCGAAGGGGACGUGGGUCUCGCCGUGGCGGCGACUACGAAUCUCUGGUGCCCGGGUUCGGGGCGGGAGACGGGGACGGGGAGCGCUGGGGGGGAGCUGCAACGCCGGCGGGGAGCCUGAAUGAGCUGAUAGUGGUGGCGUUGACUCGACUGCAGGAGGACAUGCAGAGCGUUCUGCAGAGGCUGCAGACGCUGGAGGCGCUGACCGCCGGCCAGACCCGAUCGAUGCCUCUGCCUCCAGCGUAUGCAUCAACCGCGGCGAAUAGGAGGAGUCGGAAACCGUCCUGGUGGCCUUUCGACAUUUCCCCCACCAGUUUGGCCUUUGCGGUUAUCUGGCCCUUUGUGGCUCAGUGGCUCAUCCGCCUCUACCUGCAGAGGAGGAGACGGCGGAUCAACUGAACCUGCUCCAGCACAAACACUGAUGGGCGUAGACGGCCACGAGGACUCCUCUGUUGUUGAAUGAUGUGCCCCUCACCCCUUCUCCCCCCUCUCCUCCUGCUUAGACUCACAACCACGUAAUUUGCUUAUGCACUAUGAAGAAUGCACCGGGACUGCAAAUAGAGUGAGAGGAAGACGUACUGUGGAGGUGGAAUCAGAAUGUGUGGCGCUCGAUGCCUCUGAACUGGGAUCUUUGUCUCUGCAACGACUGGUUUGUGUUGAGGGGGGGAACUCGCAGCAUUUUUUUUUUUUUUAUAAACCUGGAGCAGCUUCAUAAUAACUUCUAUCACUAAGGUGGCUGUGUUGCACAUAAAAUAGGCCCGACACUUUGCGGUUUUGAGCGCAAUGCUUGCUGAGGUUGUACAUUUUCACGAUUAUCUUUUAAUUAGUUGCCCAGAAAAAUGCUGCUAUAAUAAGAGAAAAAGAGUUUAGAAGGGAGGAUUGAAUGUAAUUAUACUAUGUGUGAUUCUUCUAAAUUCUGAUAAGUUAAUAUUUAUUGCUUUGAGCGAGUUGUGGCCAGAUUCCAGGCGUAUAGAAGAGGUUAAAGUUAGACCGUCCAUCUGCAUAUCAGAGAAGUGCUCUCCAUUUAACAUCUUUACCAAAUAGAAGUGCCUCAACAUCAUAAGGUACCCCCAUACUGUAGGUUGCAUUGUGGUUUCUUAUGUCGACAUAUUGUAGCACAACUGUUCCAGUUCUGGACCAAAUUAACAAGAAUUAUUUUUUCCUAAUGAGCCAUGAAGUGGUGAGAAUAUCAGCUGUCUGAUCAAUAACAAAUAUCACCUGUCACUGUUCACGCUGUUCAGAUUUUCUCAGCUGUAUCCUUUUAAUGUGUGAUGUAAAAUGUCUGUGGGAAGAUUUAGUACGAGUGAUGAUCAUUAAUGGUUUGCAAAGCAGUGAGAUCUAUAUAAAUUGUAAUAGCUGUACAGUUUAGAUUAAAAUGCAGUAUUUUAAUUGCAUUCCCAUGUAUUAAUGAUAUAGAAUACUAUAUAAUUGAAAAAUUUGCUUCUGCAAUAGCACUAAUAUUUACAGAGCCAUUAUGUUUUAAUAAAGAAGUAAUAUUUACCUUUGUACUGAAAUGUGCUAAAGCUUCUCACCUCCUCUGCCUGUGGACAGAGCGGUGUCUGCAUGUGAUAAUCCAAGCCGCAAAUAAAGAUUCUUAUUUACAUUUU